AUGGGCUAUACUGCAGAAUGGUCUGCACUACAGAGGGGUCUAAUCGAUGGUGUCAUCCAGAGAGGCAACCAGGAAACCCUCAGCGGCACCAUCCAGUCUUCCCUCACUGCAAUCACAUGCGGGUACAUAAAACGCAGCCGAUCAGAGGACUCUCUUAAUAAACACCUCCAAGACACUUGGUACACGCUCAUUCAAGCAGGCAAGCACAUCGCCACACACGAGGUUCAUCAGGAUCUCGUCGUACGUGAACUUGUAACUAUCAGAACCCUUGGGCUCCUGCAACGCUCUGCACCAACGGGAGCGGAUGUCGACAAUGACUUUGGAAUGAAUCCCGGCGAUCCACAGGGCAUUAUUACCUUCUCUGAUGGCAACACGUUUUGGACCGGCCUGCCCCUCCUCUCAAUGUGUCUUACUGAUGAAUUCACUAAGCGCUACUAUGAGAAGGACUACAGCAAAGAGCAGCGAGAUAAUAUGGCAGGCUUUAUUGGACGACUCUUAGCCGCUGGUUUCUAUGAUGGUCCUGCUCUAUGUGCACUAUCAUUAUUCCGGGAGACGUUGGAGACCCCACGACCGCUAGUUGAAGAUGAAAUUAGCAAGGAAGACUCUGCCGAGAUACACUUGCCAGUAGAAGACUUGCUAGAUGCUCUCACAGGCUUGUGCCACAACUCUAGAUUUGGCCUUGCGCUCUUGAGCAGCAGCCAAACAUCAGAAACCACGGCAAGAACCAUCAAGACCAACCCAGCCGAAUACCUGCACCUGUCUGGCCUCGGUGAACUAGCCCUCCAAUCUGGCAUCAUCGCCGAUUUCCCGCCUAGUGGAUAUAGCUCUCAGCGCUGGAGCUUCUGGGUCCAACGGCUUGCCGAGCUGACCCGGUGCGGGAUCAGGAGCAUUGAACAUGAGGCAAAGUCUUGCUUAACGGGGAUGAAAUGGGCAGGAGACGACACCGAGCUCCUCCCGAAACUAAUUCGCGAAGAGCUUAUUACAUGGGAGGAGGACGAAGAGCACACUACCCAGUAA